AUGCUGGAAGCUAUUCCUGCUGAUGAACGUUUGGAAGAACGUCGCGAGUGCGCUGCACGGAUUGACCACAAUGGAGUCGUCGAAUGGCAUCCAAUGGCUAUCUAUAAAAGCACAUGCCCAGUGAAAAUCAAAUAUUUCCCUUACGAUCGACAAGUUUGUCAAAUGCGAUUUGGGCCAUGGACCUAUGACAGCGCACGUGUGAACAUCACUUACUACGAGGAACAGAGAUUUAACCUGAAGGACUAUGUGGCCAGUCCGGAAUGGAAUUUACUUACUACCGAUGUGGUCAUGCGUCAGCGUGCCUAUCCCUGCUGUGCGGAAGUAUUUUCAGACAUGAUUUUUUUCAUGACAAUAGAACGUCAACCUGCCUACUAUAACUACAUCCUUAUAUUGCCUUGUUUCCUAUUGUCCUCGCUUACUCUCGUCCUCUUCUGGCUUCCACCUGAAACUCCGGCCAAAAUGGUUCUAGGGAUGAAUAUAUUUGUCGCGUUCUUCCUUCUCUUACUGCUGCUUCAAGACUCAAUUCCUUCCGCAUCCAGUUCAUUUCCACUUAUCGGCAACUAUUAUUGCAUCAACAUGACUCUGGUCACCCUGUCCACAUUUCUUUGCCUUAUCGUUGUGAAUCUACAUUUCCGAGGUGACAGCAGAACGGAAAUUCCGCAAUGGCUCCGCAAGUUGGCUAUUCAACACGGAGCUCGUCUCCUGUUUGUCAAUGUUCGUCCACCGGGAGGGAAAAAUCCCAAAUCCCCGGACAAAAAGGGUUCGAAAGGCUCAAAUCAACUGGCCAAUUUGGUCCCUCGCCCGGAGGAGGUAAUUCAGAUGUAUAGACAAAAGUACGGUUUCUAUCCCGGUAUGCCGUACGGUGAAGCUUUAUUCCCCAACGCGACACAACAGCACAUGAUGUCAUCAGGUGAUCGCUUUUUCCCUCCUAAUUUCCCCGGAGAUAACCGGCUGAGGUCAUAUCCUGGUCAACGAUAUACUGCUGGUCCUGAAGGGGGUUCAGUCUUCUCCCCCAUGGGGGAGGGGGAAUUUCCACCGUCGUACUACUACGGUGCUGCUGGUCAUCCAUAUAAUCGUAUGCAAGAUCCUCGAAUGACUGAUUUGUCUGUGGAAGAUAAAAGUAAAGCUUGUGCUUUUUGUCCAGCGUGUGCAGGUCUGGCAGCAGCUGCUGCUGCUGGACAAGGUCUUCCAGAUCAAGGUGCUAAUAUAUCUGGUGAGAUGGAUCCAGUAGCCGGCGGACAGUAUCCGAUGAAUCAAUAUACGGAAGAUCCAACUGACGAGUUGGCUGCUGUAUGGGCUGCUGCAGUGACCGGUACUGCACCAGGACGCGGAAAACGUUCUACAACAGAGAGUCGAGCUCAGAGGGAUGCCGAUAUAGAUGGUAUCAGCGCGGUGCGCGAUCGAUCAAUGGAACCGGAUCUGGAAGCGUUUCUACUUCACUGCAUUCGACCUACCGAAGCAAAAAAGGCAAACAUGGCGGCCAAUACCCGCUGGACCGGGGAAAAUCGACCAAACAUGCCGAAUUCCCCAUUUUAUCAGUUUAGCUCACCGCACUGUGAGGACGAUCCGGAGGAUGCGGAUGAUGAGAGCCUACAACGUUGGCCUACUACUGGUUCAGGAUCAAAAUCAAAACGGAACGCUGAAAGAGUGGGAGAUGAAGAGGAAGAUGACGAGGAAAAUCCAGAAAUAGAAUCUUCCGGUCUAUGGCAACGCGGUUCUCGGGGACCCUAUGAUCCAUCAGCAAAGCGAUAUUCGGUUGGUUCUGAUCCGGAAUUUCUGAGGCGGGUGCAAGCGGUAAAACGAGACGUGUCAGAGAUUGUACGUGGGAUUCGAUUUAUGCAACGCCAGAAUGAAAAUAAAGAAAAGGCGAAUAAACUAACUGCUGAAUGGCGAUUGGUUGGCAUGGUUUUGGAUAGAUUAUUCUUUGCAAUCUACCUACUUGCCUUGGGUAUCUCUAUAUUGCUCUACUUCCCUCGUUCCGGAGACGAGAAAGACGAUUAA